AUGGCAAAAGCUAAGGAAGAAUCUGGAGGGGCUGCCAGCCUGGAGGAUGAACUCAGCUGUCCCAUCUGCCUGUGCGUGUACAGGAACCCAGUGUCGCUGAGCUGCGGUCACAGCUUCUGCAAGCAGUGCAUCCAGAAGGCGCUCGGUGCCCAGCAGCAAUCCAAGGCCCCUUACUCCUGCCCCAUGUGCAAGCUCCAGCUGGGGCCCAUCCUGGAGCUGCAGAAGAAUUUCCAGCUGUGCAGCAUCGUGGAGGCAUUUCUGGCCACCACUUCCAAAGGACAACAGGGCAAGGGCUCUGCAGAGGGGAAGAAGGAGGCAGUUCCCUGUGACUUCUGCCUGGGUUGGCCCGAGCCAGCAGUGAAAACCUGCCUGAUCUGCAACGCGUCUUUGUGCCAGGCCCAUCUGAACAAACACAAUGCCAAGGCUUCCCAGCAGGAGCACGUCCUGGUGGAGGUGGGCACAGGCAGCGUGGUGGAGGAGAGGAUGUGCCUGGAGCACGGCAGGCUGCUGGAGUGCUACUGCCAGGAUGAGGGGCAGUACAUCUGUGUGCUCUGCUCUAUUGCGGGAUGCCACAAGGGCCACAGCAUCAUCACGCUGAAGGAGGCACAUGACAAACAGCUGGGUGAACUCUCGGACAUCGUGACAUGGCUGCAGGAACGUAAAAGUGCUUUAGCUACCGCCCUAGAAAAACUUCAGAAAAGCGAGAAUCAGCUCAAGACCAAUACAAAAACAGUGACUUCUCAGCUGCAAAAGCUGUUUGAAGAGAUGAAGACAGAGCUGAUUCAGAAAGAGAAGAAGAUCCUGAGUGACAUUCAAUCCAAUGAGAAAAAACAACUGGCAGACAUUACCAAAGCGCAGAAGGAAACGGAAGAGAGGAGAGAUGAGGCUGCACAGCAUCUUCAGUCUUUGCAGAAGAUGAGAGAGCAACCAGAUACUUUCAUCUUCUUCAAAGAAUUUAAACUGGCCAUGGACAGGAUUGAGAGUCAGAAUUUCGGCGUCAGCGGGAUGGACGUGGUGGUAGUGCAGCUGGAUCAGGCCAGGAUCGACCACUACCGACGCCUGACGCGGGACUUCGUGAGUCGCCUGGGCUCGCUGCUGCAAGACGUGCACAGUGAGUGA